AUGCAACUCUGUUUGUACUUUACAGCCAAGGUGAAGCGGUCUUCAGAGCCUCAUCAUCUGGACGUCACUCCUUCUGGGACGGUGCUUCGCAUGAUGUCACCUUGGUGUUCCACGUGUGAGGAGGAACCUCAAAAGCUCCUCUUCCCUUCUCUCCUCCCCUCCUUUCCUCCCCUGCAACCCCGUUUGUACAUUACAGCCAAGGUGAAACGCUCUUCGGAGCCUCAUCACCUGGACGUCACGCCUCGUUGGGACGGUGCUUCCCAUGAAGACGCCUCACCGUCCCCUGGCUCGUGGGAGAGGGACAGAGAGAGGGAGAGGAAGGAGGAGAGGAAGGAGGAACGCGGGAGAGACAAACGGGGGGAGAUCGAGCGUUGGCAUGAGGGAAAUGCGCUGACGCCGCCGCUGGGGUCGCACUCCCCGUCGGUUUUCUCCUCUCCUGCUGCUGGCGCAGGAGGGGAGAGAAGAGCGGAGGAGGAGGUGGGGAUGGGGCAAGAGGAAAGGCGGGAAGGGGACGAUUGGGGAGUUAGCGGUGGGGAUGGAGGCGAGAGAGAGGCGAGCGGGGAGAGGGAGUUGAAAGGGCAGGCGGCUAUGGCGCACGGCAGGGAGAGGAAGGUUAUAUCCGGGGACGGCUCUCACUCUCGCAAAAGGAAAACGUCUGCUGCUGCUGCUGCCGUUGCUGCUGUGGCAGCAGCGGGUGCUGCCGCAGCUAGUGCUGGUGGCGCUGGUGCUGGUGGCGCUGCUAUUGGCGGGUCUCCUGCAGCAGGGAAAGCAGCGGGUGCGUUUCUGGGAGAAUCUGCAAUGCAAAGCACGGGUUUGCGAUCCUGGCCGGAGGGGUUGAGCCCAGGGGGUGUAAACAAUGUGGAACAGCAGGAGGGAUCGGAGGACGGGAGAAGGAGGGCGAGUGGGAGAGAGCAGAGAGAGCAUGGUUCCCACGGCGGAGGGGUUGACGCUGCGAGGGAGAGAGGGGAGGGUGAGGCGGAGCAGGAGGGAGUGGGAAGUGGGGGGGCGGGAGGUUUGAAAAGGGACCAGAGGGAACAGAGGGAGCAUCGGCAUCCUGUGGGGAAGAGAAGAGGGGUUAAGGAGGGGCGGGAUGGGGUGCCUAGGGCCGGGAGGGAGCAUAAGGAUCAUAAGGAGCAUAAUCAGCGUGUUGAGAAGGAGGCGAAAGGGGAGAAGGAAGGGCAGGAGCCGCAGUUGAUGCACCUGAGGCCGCAUGAGACGGGUAAGAGGGGCAGCAGGCACAAGCACGACUCGCCAGCAAGCCAGGCUCGGGCUGCCGGACCUGCAGGCGGGCCUGGCUCGGAGCAGCUGGAGCUGCCGAGCCAAGGUUUUCCAUCCGGUCACGGAUUGCAAGCGGGGGGACACGGACACGGGGCGGCAGUAACAGGUCUUGCGCCUGCUGCAGACCGCAUGGGGGGCAGCGAGGGGGGAAGCUUGGGGGAAGCCUGGGCUGGGAGCAACGAGGGGGGAAGCUUGGGAGGUGCCCGGUUUGGAGGCAGUGAGGGGGGGAGUCAGGGGGGAGACAUGAGGCUGCCUGGCGGGCAGGCAGCAGAAGGGCUUGGGAUGCCAGGGGGGGUUUCUGUGGCGGCUGGUGCGCCUGGGACGCGUCUGUCUGGUGCUGGUGGUUCUGUGGGAGUGGGGGUUGGAGAGGGGGAGGUGCGAGCAGCUCGAUCCAAGCCAAGGAAGAACGAGAGAGCAGCAGCAGCGGCAGCAGCAGCGGCGGCAGCAGCACAAGCAAGAGCUGAAGCCGGUGAUCCAAAGCACAGGCUGGGAGGGGACACGGAUGCAUCCCACAUCAGACCCUUCGCGCUCCCUCCUACUCCGUCUCCUCCUCCUGCUGCUGCUGCUUCUCCUGCUGCUCCUGCUGCUACUCCCGCUCGCCCAAACGCGUCAGCAGCAGGAGAGAUGGGAUCUGGUUUUGCUAGCAGCAGCCACGCAGCAGCAGCAGCAACAGAUGCAGCCUCUGGGUUCAUAUCCCCCCGCACAGACGCUGCUGCUCCUGCAGCAGCGGCAGCUGGGGGUGGGGCGGCGCAUGUGGACUGGCGCUUAGGACAGGGUCACGCUGCCUCUGGGGUUGGGGCUGCAGCUGAGUCCGGGGAGAGCAAAGCGGCUGGGAAAGCGGGUGGUGGGCAUGGGGAAGGGGAGGGAGCGUUUGCAGGGAGAGGGAGGGGAGCGGGAGGAGCAGAGGCGGGGGGCGGGGAGGGGGGGGAACUGGGCCCAGAGGCGGGGGGAGGGGGAACAAAGGGGAGGGAGGGGAGGGCGGAGGGCGAGGGGGGAGGGGGGCGAGGAGCGGUAGGGGAGAGGGGGGAAGAGGAGGGGCUGGGCAGGCAGGGGCCGGCGAAAAAGUUUGUCAGCAAGGCCAAAGCAGCAGCAGCAGCAGCCACAGCAGCAGCAGCGGCUGCUACAGCGUCUGCCCCCACGCCAGGUCCCCACCCCCCUGCAAGCCGGCCAAAAGCCGGCCCGGGAGCAGCAACUGGGGCAGCAGGGGGAGCAGCAGCAGGGGCGGCUGGGCCUGGUGGUAGGCCGACUGCUCCUGUGUCGAUGUCAGCGCAGGAGGCAGAGGUAGCAGAGGCGCUCUUUGACUUUGCCAACCUCCUCGCGUUCGGAUCAAAUGAAGCCGAAGAGGAAGGGGCUGAUGGCUCUGCCGCCGCCGCCGCUGCUGCUGAUGGCGCUGCUGCCGCUGCUGCGGCAACGGCUGCAGCUGCGGCGGCGGCGGCGGUGGCGGCUGCACCACUCAAGAAGCGGAGAGGGGCAGCGGCAGCAGCAGCAGCAGCGGCGGCAGCGGGUCAAGCGGGAGGUGAAAACUCUGCUAAAGCAGCCGCAAUGGCCGCAGCACAGACUGUACCAGCAGGUGCAGCAGCAGGAGCGGGGGCAGCGGGAGGAGGGGGAGGAGGAGCAGGUGGGAAAGUAGGCAGUGCCCCUUCCACCCCACCGGACGGAUCAGGUCCCAUGGGGCCGGUGCUUUCCCUCCCACCCACCCUCGGUCCAGCCAGCAGAGAUCCUCAGGGACCCUUUUCCGCUGCUGUUGCUGCUGCUGCAGCAGCAGGUGCUGCUGGUGGCCCUUCAGGUGUAAACCCAGGUGCAGGAUCAACGAGUCUUCUGGGCACCCCCCUGGCCUCGCCUCGAGCAGUCCUGCCUUCUCCGCCUCUAGGGUUCCCCAUUGCAGCAGCAUCUGGGGCGGGGAUGGGGGUGGGCGCGGGCGGGCAGGGCGCAGGGGCGGCGGCUGAUGUGUCUCGGCUGCUUGUGUGUGGGGGGAAUGAGGCGGAUGGGCGGGGGCAGUAUGGGGGAGCUGCUGGGGGAGCAGGGGAGGGGGGAGUGGGAGGUGGGGGGAGAUCGGCUGGGGGAGGGGGAAUUGCAGCGGGAGUGGGGGCAGGGGGGGUUGGGGGGAGGCAGAGUGUCUUGGAGAAAGUCAGCCAACACCAGAUUGCUGCUGCUGCUGCACACGGCCAUACAGACGGCAGCACCAGGCAGACCAAGCACGGCCCAGCCUCCUCUGCUGCCCUCCGCGCCCCUGCUGCCGCCGCCCUGGCUGCUGCUGCAGGCCCCUUACACUCCCCCUCCGCCCCUCCUGUGCCAGGCAUUGCAGGGGCGGUGGGUAGCGGUGGGGCUGCUGCUGCCACUGCUGCUGCUGCUGCUGCUGCUGGUUCUGGUGCCGCCCCCCCCCUUCGCCCGCCCCACCCAAUCGCACCCUCAGGUGCAGCCACUGCAGGUGCUACCGGGGGAGGUGCAUCUGGGGCAGGUACAGCUGGUCUUCUCAGUAUCGCCCCAAGGGCUCUUGCUCCCAGGCCGAUCGCCCCUCUAACAGGCCAGCCAAACGCAGGGGCAAUGGCGGGAGGGGUUGGGGUUGCUCCCUUGACAAUGCCCAACCCUGCUGCGGUUCUUCCCGCCCAAGCGGCUGGUUUUGGCUCCAUGGGCCAGAAUCGGAUGCUGCUUCCUGUUCCCACGUUAAGCGCUGCAGCAGCUGCGGCUGCCGGACCUGGUGCCGGACCUGGUGGUGCUGCUGGUGGUGGUGCAGAUACAGGAGCAGGAGUAGGAGGAGCAGCAGCAGCAGGAGGAGGAGGGGUAGUUGGAGCAGGGGUGGUAGGGGCAGGGAAGGACCAACGCCAAACGGGUAGGCCACCACUAACUUUAGAAAAUCUUCUCGGUGCUGCCAGCUCAGCACGAGGUGGCGCGCACGCCAGCGCAGCCCGCCCUGCCACAUCACCUUCGGCGCUCCUCCGAGCCACCGCCGUGCCAGGUCCGGUGGCUGGCUCGCCAGGCUCGGUGGCUGGGACGGCUGGCGCCGCUGCAACCACCCCUGGAGCUACUGUUCAGCUGCUACCCGCAGGAGCAGCAGCGGCAGCAGCAGCAGCGGGUGGGGUUCCGGCCUUUCACAACUCUGUCCCCUCCUAUUCUCUGCACGCUGGCGGAAACCCAUCCUUUGCCCCAAAUUCCCAUGCGCUCGCUUCUUCCCAUGCUCACACCACCGCCGCUGCCCACGCAACCGCCGCUGCCCAUGCUGCCUCCACUCCCCCCCCGCGGCUGUUUGCUUCCCCGCUCACUGGUGCACCGCUGGCACCAGGGGGGCAGGGCGCGGAGAAGGGGGGGAAGGGGUCGGGAGAUGGGACAAAGGGGCCUGGUGGUGUGGUGGGCGGGGGAGGAGAGGGAGGCAUGGACCAGCAGACGAGAAUGUGCUAUGCCCUCUGCCACUCCUUUACCUCAUGUCCCCUCGUCCCCUCGUCCCCUCCUCUUCCCCUCUCCCCCUCUUACCAUUCCGCCCCUCCCGUCAGGCUGCGAAUGGGACCACCGUCAGCCACGGCCACCACUACAGACAGCAAGGACCAGUGGCCGCAUCAGCAGCAGCAGUCACUGCGCUCCAACACUCUUGAGCUUGACCUCAUGGGCCCGCACAAGCCGCAGCAGCAGCAGCAGUCGCUGCGCUCCAACGAGCUUGAGCUUGAUCUCAUGUCCCCACCUGGCAACGGUCUCUCACUGCUGGUUCCGAGUUCAGAGCGGUUGGGAGCGGUGGACGAGGAGGAGACAGCGGAAGGGGAGAGCAAGGCGCAUGUGCCGCGUGGCAUGCCGCCACCAGCAGCAGGCGUUACACACAAGCACAUGGGAGGGGGAUUGGCAGGAGGAACAGGAGGAGGACGAGGAGGCGGAUUAGGAGUAGGAAAGGGGUUUGAUCUGAUGCUGCUGAAUGCAGAGGCAGAGAGAGGCAGGGAGAAGGAGAAGGAGACAAGGGAAAGGGAUGGGCGGAAGGAGGCGGGGCGGGGGAAGGGGAGGGAGAAGGAGGAGAAGGACAAGGGGAGGGCGGAGAAGGGGAGGGAGAGGGGGAGAGGAGGGAGGGAGCAGGAGGUGCAGAGUAGGAUGGAAGAUGGGAAGGAGGAGAGGAAAGACGGGGGACUGCUGCAGAGAUCUGGCAGUCAAAGAGGGGCGACAGCGAGGGGGGCGAAAGGAGACGCUAAGGGUGCGUCCAGGGAUCGAGCUGCUGGUUCGUCUCCUGUGGUGGGGCCUAUGUCCCCAGGAGCAGUAGGGUUGGGAGGUGCAGGUUUAGGGGUGGCAGGAGCGGCAGCAGGAAGCACGGUGGUUGGAGCAGCAGGGGCGGCUUUGAGCCAGUCUGCUCCAGAAGCAGCAGCAGCAGCUGCUGCUGCAGCCGCAGCAGGAGGAGCAGGAACAGGAGGAGGAGCAGCAGGGGCAGCACCAGGCAUCCAGCACCCCCCAGGGGCACCCUCCCGCGCAGGAGCCCCCCCAGUGCCCAUAAUGCCCGCAGGCUUCCCCCCUCCGCCCGCCCACCUUGCCCCCAUGCACCACACUCCCCCCGGCAUGCCCCACAAUCCCCCUGGGAUGCCCCCUUCCGGGGCACCCCCACACGGAGCAGCAGCAGCAGCAGCAGCCGCAGCGGCAGCAGCAGCAGCUGCUGCUGCGUCCAUGCCUUUGCCGUUAGGGCUGGGAGGGUGGCCGAUUCCUGGGAUUGGGUUUUUCCCGCAGGCUGCUGCUGCAGCAGCGGCGGCUGCAGCUGCUGCUGGGUGGCCUCCUCCCUCUGCUGGAGGCCCCUCCUCGCUCCCCUCCUCUCUCCCCUCCUCUCUCGCCUCGUCUCUCCCCUCGUCGCUUCCCUCGUCUCUCCCCUCUUCCCUCCCUGCCUCCCUGUCACAUACAGGGCCGUCGCUGCUGCAGCAUGCUGGAGUGGCAUCACUGGCGCAUGCAGGGAGGGACGAUGGGGUCUCCUCACCUGCUCCUCCUGGCCAUCCAUCGCAGCACACGCUGCCUCAACCGCCCCCAGGCUUACUCCCUCUGCCUUCGCAGCAGCAGCAGCAGCUGCACGGGCGGCGGCCGUGGAAACGUUGUGCCCUGCACGUCUACAUCGCCCACUUCAUAGAGUUCAACCGGCAUGUAGCACGGCAGCAGCAGCAGCAACAGCAACAGCAGCAGCAGCAACAACAACAGCAACAGCAGCAGCAGCAGCAGCAUCACCACCACCCGUUCUACCCCCCCCAUUUCAGCAAUUAUGCGGCAGCAGCGGCGGCCGCAGCGGCAGCUGCGGUUCAGGGGCAACUGAAGGCACUAGGAGCAGCAGGAAACGCACCAGUAGGAGGGCCGUCAGCAGUAGGGAAAGCUGUGGAAGGGACGGUGGGGCGAGAGGAGGCUGUCGGGAACCAUGUGGGGGGGGCGGUCUCCCCUGCUGUACCAGCAGCAGCAGCAACGGCAGCACUAGGGAAGGCACUUGCGCAGGGGCAGAAUCAGGUUCAGGCACAGGGGCAGGGGCAGAAUCAGGGGCAGGGGCAGAAUCAGGGGCAGAUGGCGCAUGUGCAACGAGUGGCAGGUGCUCCGGUUCAGAGCGGUGCUGUAGGGGGGCCGUCCACCCACCUGAGAAGACCUGGGCUUUUCCCCGCAGGGGUGGUUCAGGCAGGGGCGGCGCAGACAGGGGCGACACAUGCAGGGGCGGCACAGGCAGGGGCGGCACAGGCAGGGGCGGCACAGGCAGGGGCGGCACAGGCAGGGGUGGCACUGGCAGGGGUGGCACUGGCAGGGGUGGCACUGGCAGGGGUAGGGCAAGGGGUUGGGCAAGCAACUGCAGGGCAGGUGAGAAUGGGACAGGCAGGGGCAGUGGCACGAGGGUCUGGACAGGCAGGGGUGGGGCAAGCAGGGGUGGUGCAUCCAGGGGCGGUGCCAGCAGGGGCAGUGCCUGCAGGGGCGGCUCAAGCAGGGGCGGUGGCAGCAGGGGCGGUUCAACCAGGGGCGGUGCCAGCAGUUGUUAUCCAGAGGCCAGGAGGGCAGGGAUUGGGGAUGGGGCUACCAGGUGCGGUGCUGCCAGGGAAUGCGGGGCAGCACAAGGGGAGUACUCUAUUACCACCUCUGUUGUUACCACAGCAGCAGCUGGGGCAGCAGCAGCAGCAGCAGCUAAAUGUCCUUCCACGUGUGGCUGCUGGAUCGCCAUCGCCUCCGCUGCCACUGCCACUGCCACAGCAGCAGCAGCAGCAGCAGUUGGGCCAGCAGCAGCGGCAGCAGCAGCAGCAGUUGGGCCAGCAGCAGCAGCAGCAGCAGCAGCAGCAGCAGCAGCAGCAGCAGCAGCAGCAGCAGCAGCAGCAGCAGCAGAAGGGGAAUGUCCUUCCACGUGUAACCGGUGCCUCACCAUCUCCACCGCUGCCACAGCAGCAGCUGCAGCAGCAGCAGGGGCAGCUGGGGCAGCAGCAGCAUGUGCAGGGGGUAGCAACAGCAGGGCAGGCAGGCACUGUGGGGGCAGGCAGUGGUGCAGGGGCAGGGAACGCUAACGGGGCUGGUGCUGCUGUUGCUCCUGGUUUGAAGCCGCAAGGAGGGCAGAUGCAGCCGGGACAGGUGGUAUCAGGGCAAAUGCUACCAGGACAGGUGCUACCAGGGCAGGUGCUACCUGGGCCGGUACCGCUGGCCCAGGUGCAGCCGGGGCAGGUACAACUCCAGCCCAGGCAGGUGCCCCCGGGACAGGUGCAGGCAGGGCAGGUGCAGCUGGGGCAGGUGCCACCUGUUGCAGCAGCACCUGUUGUGGCACCUGUUGCAGCAGCACCUGUUGUGGCACCUGUUGCAGCAGCAGCAGCGUCCGUGGCACCAACACCGGCAGCAGCAGCAGCAGCAGCAGCAGCAUCUGUGUCAAAUCCUGUUGCACCACCGCCUGUUCCACUAGGGGCGCAGGGGCAGGCGCAGGGGCAUGGGCAUGGGCCUGCUGAGAAGGUGGUAUUUGGGCAGGUGCUUCCAAGGCAGGUGCUUCCAGGGCAGGUGCCACCUGGCAAGGAGCCGGCAGUUUCCAUUACAAACCUAGGGAGCAAUGCAGCAAAGGCCACAGAGCAGCAGCAGCAGCAGCAGCAGCAGCAGCAGCAGCAGCAGCAGCAGUUACAGCAGCAGCAUGGUAAAGGUGUGCCUGUGCCUCCAGCACCACUCACGUGUGCUAUCAAGGGAAGUCCUGUUCCUGUUCCCUCUGCACAGGCGUCUGCUGCUAAGGUUGCUCCUUUCCCCCCACCUCCGUUCCCCCUAUCCCCGUUUCCCCCGCCUCCGUUCCCCCCACCCCUGUUUCGCCAGUUCCAGCUUCCCUCAUUCCUGUUCCCCCCAACCCCGUCCCCACCACUGCUGCUCCCCCUACUCCCGUUCCCUUGA